AUGGACGCCUCGGAGAAUGAGAUUGACGUGUAUCUGCACAAGCAUUCCAAAGUCCUGCUGGACGAGCUGGAUCAGAGCCUCGCCACUUGUCUGCGGAAGCCGGAUGGACGAGGGGGAACGCGCAUACGGCGAUGGGUGCGCAUUAGGGAGACCUUGAAGGCUACCUGCGUUGUGCUGGAUCAGUUCCAAGAGCUGCCUCAGCUGCUGGAUCCCCAUUUGCCCAAAUGGAUCCCCCUGCUGGCAGAGUCAUACUUGGAGUAUUUGCAGACGCGACAUCGAAUCAAGCGGGUUCCUGAACAGACGAACCUUCUGGCUCCCCUCGACUACGCAAUUUCCCGUAUCCUGUACUCGUUCUGCAAGGUUCGUGGGGAAAAGGUCAUUGUGCGCUUCCUCAACGUCGAAACCAAGUACCUCGAGCUCAUCCUCUCUGCCGUCGAAGAAGCCGAGACUCACGCCAGCCAGGAGAAGAAGAAGGAUCUCUUCACGGAACGAGCUGCUGGUCAAGGGUGGUCGUGGGAGCAGCGCUACAUUGCCCUGCUUUGGCUUUCGCACCUGUUAUUCGCGCCGUUUGACCUGUCGACGAUUUCCUCUGCUGACCUGGAUGAGGGGGGAGUCCCGCCGAUUGCCGGUUUCAAUUGGCCUGCGAAUGUGCCGGGCCUUACGAUGAGGGUCAUUCCUCUGGCCAUCAAGUACAUUGCUUCUGCGGGCAAGGAGCGGGAUGCCGCCAAGGCUCUCCUGGUGAGGCUCGCCAUGAGGCGGGACAUGCAGCAGAUUGGAAUCCUGGAAAGCCUUGUGCAGUGGUCCUUGAAGUCGCUGCGGCCGGCAAAGGAAGCGGAGAUUGAGAACCCGUAUUUCUACAUCGGGGUGCUCUCGUUCUUGGCCGGCGUACUGCGAUCUGCAUCCGAGACGUCAGACAUGGACAAGUAUCUGUUUAUGAUAUUCGAAUCUGUGCUUGAGCUAUCUACUAGCGAGGAUGGCGUCUCAAAGACCAUCAUGUCCCAGGCAUCUGCACGCAAGAUGAUGCUCAAGGUGAUUCGCUCGCUCGUCGUUUCGCUGUUGCGCUCUUCCCGACGAGACAUGAAGACCACGGUCCUGGUAGAGAAUGCAAUCGGAUACUUCCUCGAGAGCCUUUCGGACAACGACACCCCGGUUCGCUUGUCUGCCAGCAAGUCGCUCAGCAUCAUCACCUUGAAGCUGGACCCGGACAUGGCUUCCCAGGUCGUCGAGGCUGUCCUGGAAUCCCUCAACCGCAACGUCCUCUGGAACAAGGUGCCGACCAAGUCAGGAGACAAGCGCGUCCGCGACUUGUCUGCCGUGAAUCCUCUUGAAUGGCACGGCUUGAUGAUGACCUUGUCGCACUUGCUCUACCGAAGAUCGCCUCCGGCUAGCCAGCUCUCCGACAUCUUUCACUCUCUCCUUUUGGGAUUGACAUUUGAGCAGCGCGGCAUCUCGGGAGCCAGCGUGGGAUCCAAUGUCCGUGAUGCGGCGUGCUUUGGCAUCUGGGCAUUGGCUCGCCGAUACACAACCGACGAGCUCCUCGCCGUCUCUACCAAGUCUGUUUACGCGGCAAAGUCCCAUCCUCCAUCGAGCUCCAUUUUGCAAGUUCUCGGCACAGAGCUGGUGACGACGGCGUCUCUCGAUCCCGAAGGCAACAUUCGGCGCGGGGCUUCAGCUGCGCUACAGGAACUCAUCGGCCGACACCCAGAUACCGUAGAUCACGGCAUUGGCGUCGUGCAGUGUGUCGAUUAUCAUGCCGUAGCCCGCCGAUCGCGCGCAGUCCAGGAAGUUGCUCUCGGUGCCACGAAGCUGUCUGGCCAGUACGGAGAGGCCGUCGUUGAUGGCAUCUUGGGCUGGCGAGGAAUCGGCGACAUGGACACGGCCUCGAGACGAGCCGCUGGCGCCGCCUUUGGCUCUCUUGUAGUACAAUUGUCCGACACGGCGUCAGAGACGCCGUUUGCUCGCUUUGAAAAUGCAAUUGACGAGAUAAUGGAUCGUUUGAGCGGUCUGCAGAAGCGACAGGUCGAAGAGCGUCAUGGCUUGCUUGCGUGUUUCGCUGGGGUGGUGGACGGCUUUCCCCAGCUUGCACAGAAAGCUCAGCCAAGAACGCUUGAUCAGGCCGCUGCUCGGAAGAUCCUGAGCUACGUGUCUGGGAUUCUCGAGGAUUGCAACAAGACGGAGUAUCGUCGACCUGAGCUCAUCGUUGAGGGAGCGAGUCGCUUGGUUGUGGCUUCUCUACCCAUGAUUCAAGCUGCAUCGUCGAGCGGCCUCUCCUACAACAGUCUGAAGACAGGAAGCGACACGUUGUCUAUGGACGAAGAGACAAAUCUUCUACAUGUUGCUUCUGGAUUUAGUUCCACGCGUCAGGUUCCCGAGAUUGAGACAUUGGCCUCGAGGCUGCGAGAUGUGAUCCACAACUGGCUCAGCCGAAGCGAGCAGGAAACCGCCGAGUCUGCUUCCACAGCCGGUCUGAUGCUGCUCUUACUCUCCUCACAGAAUGAACGUGACCAGAUAUUGGAGCAGUGGGCACGACUGAUCGCAGCCAAACCCGGGAGCCGGUCGGCAGCCACUGGCAACGGCUACUUUCGCGUCAUGGCCAUGGCCCAGCCCCUUGCAUCCACCUCACUGGAGAACAACGGAAGUGAAAUUGUGAGCUCUGCGUUUCUCGAGCGAUGGAGGGUCGACAGCGAAGUCGAGACAAGGGUUACCAUCCUCCACAGCCUUCUGAGCAGCCGCAUUCUCAAGGACAGGCCAACUGUCUUCCUGAAUCUCCUUGCGGAGGGCUUGAACGACUACACUACAACGGCGAGGGGCGACGAGGGGUCCUUGGUGCGAUUCCAGACGCUCAAGGCUAUCCAUGUUCUUUGGGAAGAUAUCGGUGACUCCACGAUCCAGACUAACUGGACGGAGAUGUCUGUUCGUAAGCUGAUUUACAACGUUUUGCGGCUUUCUGCGGAGAAGCUGGAUCGUGUGCGUCGGGUUGCCAAGGAUGUUGUUGCACUACUCAUGACGGAAAGUCAAGGUUCAAAUGCUAAUCCGUUUCUCCACCUCAGCUCCUCAUCAAAGGCCUACUUUGCCCUUCUUCUCAACCUCAUCCCCAAGAACGCUCUCCACCCCCAUGUAAUGACUAUCCUGAACGGCGACGAAAACGCAUGGAUGGCCGGCCUCAUGGCAGGCUACGUCUCCUCCGCAGACACCGGCAACGAAGAUCUCGUCAUCGCCAGCAGAGCCGCCCUCACGGACCACUGCGAAGAAUCAGCAGACAACCUGCAGCGCGUGUGCUCAGCCCUGCUGCACAACCUCAAGACAUGCCAGGGCCAAGAUCGAAUCAUCGUGCCGACACUGGAGAUGAUUGCAUUCCUAUUCCACACGGGCCUUUUCCAGCGUUGUCCGGACAUCAAUUACAAGAGUCUUUGUUUGCAAACGCAAAAGGCUGGAUACAAGACGGGCAACGUGCGCAAGAUCACGGCUUGCAUUGCCGUGUAUGGCGGGAUUGCUGGCUCGACGGAGAGUGGUGAUGCCGGGGUGAAGGAGGCGAGGAGGAGGCUUGGGGCGCUCGUGUCGCAUCCGUGGCCGAGGGUUAGGAGCGCGGUUGUUGAUGAGCUUUGGGGGCUUGUCGGGGAGGAGGAUGAGGAGGUUGCGGAGGGAGAUGGGGGUAAGAGUGGGCAUGGGUUGACGGGGGUGGAUUGGGCGAGUGCGGACAAGGGUCGGAUCAAGGCUCUGGUGACUGAGUUGGGGCUGGAGUAGAUUUGUUCUUAUAUAUUUUGUUGUUGAUAAGAAAUUGUUUUUGUCUGAGGAUAUGGUGAGUCAUUCUG